CAACUUUUAGCUCCUGGCUGCUGGGAGGGAGAAUUCUGCUGUCUGUGCUACAGGGAAGGGCAGCUGAGACUCAGACUUAGUCUAUUACAAUGACUCCACUGGGCUUCCUGCUGUUUCUCACUGUGGCCACCAGAGCGUGGAGUGAUGAAAAGGCCAAUACUUCCUACAAGGAUUGUACCUGUUCUUCUUGGUCUCCAUCUCAGUCCAGAAGCUGCAAGGAAAUCAAAGCAAAGUGCCGCAACACACGUGAUGGCCUGUAUUUCCUGCGCACCAAGAAUGGUGUUGUCUACCAGACUUUCUGUGACAUGACCACCGCAGGUGGUGGCUGGACCCUGGUGGCUACUGUACAUGAGAACAAUGUGGGUGGGAAGUGCACGGUGGGCGAUCGCUGGUCCAGUCAGCAGGGCAACAGAGCAGACUACCCACAGGGGGACAACAACUGGGCCAAUUACAACACCUUUGGGUCUGCAGAGGCGGCCACAAGUGAUGACUACAAGAACCCUGGUUACUAUGACAUCCAGGCUGAUGACCUUGGCAUCUGGCAUGUGCCCAACAACUCCCCCCUGGAACACUGGAGGACCAGCUCCCUGCUGAGGUACCACACUGAAACUGGCUUCUUCCAGAGACUGGGACACAAUCUGUUUGGCCUCUACAAGAAAUAUCCGGUGAAAUAUGGAGCAGGAAAGUGUUGGACUGACAAUGGCCCAGCCAUCCCUGUGGUCUAUGAUUUUGGUGAUGCCCAGAAAACAGCAUCUUAUUACUCACCUCUUGGCCAGUGGGAAUUCAUUGCAGGAUUUGUUCAGUUCAGGGUGUUCAAUAAUGAGAGAGCAGCCAAUGCCUUGUGUGCUGGAAUGAAGGUCACUGGAUGUAACACUGAGCAUGAUGUCGUCAGCCUCACCAGCAGAUCUGUGUUCCUCUCCCUGUUUCUCAGCACUGCAUCGGUGGAGGAGGGUUCUUCCCAGAGGGCGAUCCCAGGCAGUGUGGGGAUUUCUCUGCCUUUGACUGGAACGGAUAUGGAACUCAUGUUGCUUAUAGCAGCAGCCGGGAGAUAACGGAGGCAGCUGUGCUUUUGUUCUACCGUUGAGAGUGCUGGGGUGGGGCCCAGCCCUCUUCUCCCAACCAGGGGAUUCCAAGGAUGGAGAAUAAUUUCCCAACUAGAUUGCUAAUGGUA